AUUUAUAUUUCACCGCCAUUUUACAUCAACCCAGGCAGAGAUUAGAUUACGAAGAUGACGGCUCAAAUGGAAAACCAGCUUUGCAAGCUAUUUGUCGGCGGUCUUAACGUCCAGACUACCGACGAUGGGCUACGAAACCAUUUCGAGCAGUACGGCAAGCUCACGGACUGCGUGGUGGUGCAGAACCAACAAUUGAAGCGCUCGCGUUGCUUCGGUUUUGUGACCUACUCGAGUCCGGAUGAGGCAGACUCCGCCAUGUCGGCCCGACCUCACAUUCUAGACGGCAAUAACGUGGAGCUGAAAAGAGCCGUGGCCCGGGAAGACGCGGGUAAGCCCGAGGCUCUCGCAAAGGUAAAGAAGAUCUUUAUCGGCGGUCUAAAAGACGAUAUCGAAGAGGAUCACCUCCGUGACUGCUUCUCGCAGUUCGGCGCGGUGGAGAAGGCGGAGGUGAUCACGGACAAAGAGACCGGCAAGAAGCGAGGCUUCGGCUUUGUCUAUUUCGAAGAUAACGACUCGGCCGAUAAAGCCGUGGUGCUCAAAUUCCACAUCAUUAACGGCCAUAAAGUUGAGGUAAAGAAGGCCCUCACCAAGCAGGAGAUGCAGGCUGCCGGUAGCCGCGGCGGUGGUCGCGGCGGCCGAGGAGGCGGAAGGGGGAUGGGCAGACCGCAGAACGGCUACGGCGGGCGCGGUGGAGGAUACGGCAACUACGGUGGCGGUGGCUAUGGGGGCAACGACGGCUACGGUGGUGGCUAUGGAGGCGGAUACGGUGGCGGGUAUGGGGGAGGCUACGGGGACCAAAUGGAAGGCUACGGCGGUGGUAACGGCUACAAUGACUUUGGCAGCGGCUAUGGCCAGCAGUCCUCUGGCUAUGGCCCAAUGAAAGAGGGUAAACAAUGGAAUGAUUUAAGUAAAAUCCCACUUCUAAGCGCAGCUGCUUGAUGAACCUCUGCUGCAGCUGUGAAUCCAGUUGCUUUGAAAAAUGAAGGAUGAACUCUUCCAAUGACUUUGUCUGGCAGAGUUUGCUUUUCAACAUGUAUGCAAGAUGCCUGUGGGCCUACAAGAAGCAAGAAUGUCUAUGACCAACGGUGAUUGCAGGAUGAUGCCGUUCUAUGUCCCUGGGAGAUGGCUUCAAAUGGAUCUUUUGACUGUAGCUGAAUCGGAAGGAAAAUUGAAUCAUUGUACUUGUGCUUAUGGAAAAGAAUGAACAUUUCAAUGAAUGUUUGAUGUGAUUUCAAUAAAACAAAUAAAAUUGA